AAUAAUUAAAAAAAAAACAGAAACAAUAUUAUAAUAAAUUUAUCUUUUGAGCUGUGUCCUCAAUGAAACCUUAAUAAAGAGAACCCUCUCUGCAACAUUUAAUACUCAUAACAAAACCUAUCUCUCUCUGUCUUUACUCAUUGUCGUUAUGGUCGCGCCGCCUAUAGCCGCCGCGUCGUUAGAGCUCCCUCCUCCGUUCCCCGCCGUCUUCGAACAACCAAUGGAGAAACUCACCUUCCCUAACGAGUUCCCUUACGAGUUUGCCUCCUCAACGUUUUCAACUUCUCCGGAAGACUCAACGGAGACAGAAGAUGAAACAACCGACGACGAAGAUGACUUCUUAGCCGGGUUAACUCGCAGACUCGCUCUCUCGACUCAGCGCCUCUCUUCUCCUUCCUUCGUCACCGACAAGUCUCAGAUGAAACCCAAAGUCACAGAGUCAACUCAGAGUGGACUCGGAAGUCCUAAUGGUCCGUUUUCUCAAGUUCCUUCACCGCCGACAUCUCCGUCUCGUGAAGAAGACUCUUUGAAAGUGUUAUCUGCUGCAGCUGGAGAAGUCGCCAAGAUCAAAAAGGCCAAUUUUGAUGCUAAACCCAUCAGCUACCCAAACCCUAACCCUAAUUACUUAACCAGCUUUCCUCAAAACGUGGCAUAUUAUAACUGCUACUGGUUAUGGGAGCCGCAUUAUCCUCAAUCUCAGAUGGGAAUAGUUCCAAAUGCUUGGCAUAUACCUCCUUCUCCCGUUAGAGCCUUUUACACCCUUCCAACCGCCGUUAAAUCGCCGUCGACUGGUACCGGCGUUUUCCUUCCCCGGAAAUACUCAAACCCUUCUGAUUCCCCGAAGAAGAAAUCAGGAGAUGGAUGUGUUAAGGUUGUUAACCAGCAAAAACCUAAAAUUGAAGUGUUACCGGUUCGCUGUAAACCAAAUUCGAAAGCUGGUCUCUCUACAGGACGCAGCAAAAUCGAUUACGUAGCUGGUGGUGGAUGUCUGAAGCAUGAAAAGCCUCUUCUACAAGAAUGGAUGUACUGAGUUUGAAUUAGGUUGUAGGAUUCAGGACUUUUGGAAGAAGAAAAUACAGAAAUGGUCGUAGUUAGUGGGUUGAAUUUAUAGUGUUGAUUGUGAUGGUUACUGGUUAUAGUAAAGAAUAAUUUUGCGGGGUUAAGUUGGAUUGGGAUUUAUUUAUAUUUACUUAGGAGAAUAGCAAAAUCAGUUUCUAAUAAGCAUAAUUUUUUGGCCUUGAGAGAGUUUUGCAUUUCAAUUUUCAGGCAUUUGUGUUUUUUCUUACAUUUAAAAUCUUAAUAUCUGAUUGAAAAUAAAGAUGAUUAUAUUCAAAAAAGGAGUUGUGUAUUGAGUCUUUGAGAAGAGUUUACUUUGCAAAAUGUCAUGGAAAGGAUUUUGUUUAAGUGAAACAUUGUAGUAAUUAUUCUUGUGGGACUGGAAUGUGGAAGUGGAAAAAAGAAAAAAUGGAAAAGGAAAAUAGAGGUUACGCUUUGACGUGAAGCGAGGCCAAAGAUAAUACACUGAAAUAUAAAACAGAUCUUUAGUUUAUGGCUUAGUCUUGGAUUCUUAAUGUGGCUUAGUCUUAGUGGCAUAUGCUCUUUGUUACGAUUUCAG